AUGCAUCGGUGCCUGAUCCGAAUUGAAUGGAAUUACGUGGCGAUGGUAAUUGACCGUGUGCUACUCUAUGCAUUCUUUGCAAUCACAGCUGGUGGAACGUUCGGUGUGUUGCUUUCAGCGCCUAACGUCUUCGAACAUAUUAAUCAAACAGAAAUUAUCGAAAGGCUGAAAUCGACGAGUGCCGAUGACUUCACCUAUCUCAUGUAA